AUGAUAGGAAAUUGUGAAUUAGAACAAAGGAAUAGUAUUCAAACUUCCAGUAAUAUAAAUAAAAAAUUAAUCUCACCAUCUUAAUUCAAGAAGUAGAACAAAUAAUAUAGCGAUUCCAAUUAAACAGAGGAGAAUCUAAGCUCAUCUAGUUCUAGUUUAGAAAUUAAAAAGUAAACUAUCAUAAUCAAUAAUAAUGAGGAUGCUGAAGAUAACAUUUUUUGCAAUGAAAAUAAUAAUGAAUUAAACUUUAGACUAGCAUAAAAAAACAUUAAAAUGCCAAAAUUCAAGUUAAUUCCUAGGGUUAGACAAAGUGAGUAUGUUAAAAAUAUUCUUAAACUUGACAUUUCGAAGCUAGGAGAAGUUGAAAAAUCUUAACAUAUCUUUACCUCUGUCAAUAAUGCUGAUUGCUUCACUAAAAAAUAGAAAAUUUCUUUAGUUAAUUAAUCUAGUUAAUCAUUAAAGCUGGCCACAACUUCAAAUCUUCAACUUAAAAAAUCAAAGUUCAAAGAGAGAUAGACAAAUAUAAGGUUAUAAAAGCUACUUUAUUCAAAUACUACAAAUGAGGAGAAUACCUAGAGAUUUAAGUAAAUGUGCCUUAUAGAUAAUGACUCGACUAAAUGUCCUGAAAUUUUGGCUUAAAAAAUUGAUAGCUAAACAGCAUCAGCAACAAAUGAGAGUACCAAUAGAAUUAAAUGGCUUUAGAAAAGUAAAAUAGACUCUUCAAAAAAUUUAACGGCUAACGUCAUCGAGAAAAAUGAUAAAAAAUCUAAUUUUUUAAGUCUUCCAUAACUAUUUAAUGAAUAGAGAAGAACCUCAUCAGGAAUUUCAAAAUUUAAUAUACAAAUCACAAAAUAUAGCAUAUAAGAUAAAGAUAGAGUUUAAUCAGCAUUAGUAUCUGGUAAGAGAUAUUAAGAUUUUUUAAAAGGAGAUGAAAAGGAAAAGUAUGAAGUAUAUAAAGAGAAUGUGGUCAAGAUCAAACAAGAGGAACAAUUAAAAAGAAUAUCAACAAUUAAAGAUAAUUCUUCAAAACACAAAUUAUGA